ACGCAAUAUAUUAUAUAUGGAAGAGACAUCCUUAAACUUUCUCCUAACAUUUGCAUCUAUCAAGGACCUUCCAGUUUGAGACAAAUGCUUGUGGCCAGAAUUUCAACAAACCGAGCCACAACGACACAUAGAUAAGUACUGGCACUUGUGAUACCUUAUCUCUGAAUAAGUAUGUAAAAUUCCAGAUCCACCACCAGCUUCCCAGCCAUAAGCGAAGUUAAAAAGGGGGUCGUUUGGACCAAAACAAGUCACGUGUACACAUUACCCCGCGAUCGAUUGAUAUUAUGCGCUCCAUCCGCUAUGAAAACUUGGAAAGGGAGCCACAACAGAAGAGGCCCGAUUCAAGUAGAGCAACUUCAAUAUGCGUGAUGUUUCAACACUCAUAUCUACAUCGAGGUCAUGGUACAAUCAGCUGCUGCAAGUAGCCGUCACACUUCCACACAUCCGCCAAGUCAUGUAGGGAUUCAUGCAGGGCCGGAAAGGGCCGUAGAGAAGGAAAGCCGAACAACAUGGGGAAGAUGGAACUUUUUACUGUGGUGGCUCGGGCCAGUAAGUAGAUCCCUUCUUCUACCCCCUGACGACUUCCCCAGACACGCCCUGCAUGCCCCGCACUCUUUCCCCAUGGGGAGCGUCGUCCGGAGCCUCGGUCGUUCAUCGGUGUGGAGUACAUUUGAGAUACAUUUUUCGGAUCAGCAGUCUAUCAUGUAUUUCUCAUGCCAAGAGAAACACGGCCCGAAUCGAACGCUGUUCCUUGCUCUGCCGUCUUUUAAGCUUCUCUUUGGCGUGUUCCAUGGACGGAAGAACUUCCUCCAUGACUUACCAAGCUAGUCUAGCUCCAAGAUUUGUUUUCAGGGACUUGAAAGUGGAUUAGACUUUUAAGCGAAAGUUGUAGCUUCUUACAUAGUCACGAUGGCCUCGUCUCAUUGUCUCCACGGUGGGGCUGCCAUUCAUUUGACUUUUCCUCCCGCCAGCCAGACCCCCACACCGUCCUAGUGUCAGACGGUACCUUUUCAAGAAGGUAUACUACAGUAUCUAUAUGAUGACGUUGUCACCGAAUAGCACCGAAAUGAUUCCUUGAUUGAGGGGCCGAGAAGUCUCUGAGCUUUCAGAAGAGGUGGUCACCUGUCUUUACGCGUUUCUUUUGCUCGAAGGCUUCAGCAAAACUCUGGUACUUAAGGCUGGAGAUCUUCUCGAUGUACAUUUUUGAACUACGCCCGCUCUACUUAACACAUUAUGGCCUCAUUCGGAAUAUCAAAGCUGAUUACACAGCUUCUUGUUCUCCUUGCAGCACUCUCGUUGGUCGUGUUUGCAACACCCCUCGAGAAACGGGCUACUCAAGUCUCGUUGAUCAGCUACACUUUUUCGAACAAUGUUCUUGCAGGGUCUAUCAAUAUUCAAAACAUUGCCUAUGCCAAGGUUGUGACCGUCAUCUAUGCACUCGGAAACACCUGGAGUGAUUCUCAAAGCAUUGCUGCGAGCUACUCGGUAUCCGGCUCAAAUGGCUACGAAACUUGGACCUUCUCAGGGACUGCUACUGGAGCAACUCAGUUCUACAUCAAGUACGAUGUGAGCGGGACAUCAUAUUAUGACCCCGGAAACUCUGUCAAUUAUCAGAUCAGUUCCUCGAGCACAUCUUCAACAAGCACAAAGUCCUCGACAGUAGCGUCGAGUUCGACAAGGUCGUCGAGUUCCUCCACAACCGUACCGCCGGGAACAGGGAGCGUAUCACCCAGUCCACCACCACGAAUCAUUCCAACUUCCUUUCCCAGCGAAGCUGCUGCCACCGCUCCAAGUGGCUGUGGGAACUGGAAUGGAGGAGACAGUUGCCCGUCUGAUAGCGUGUCAUCUUUCGCAGCAUCCGCAGAGAAUCGCCGUUGGCAAACACCUCCAAGCGGAGCAGGUGGAUAUGAUCCCAGUUUCGGUACAUAUCGAGAUCUUAUUGGAUAUGCUGACAUCCAAUACAAUUCUGCUCGAACUGCGGCAGCUGUAGUCGUCAACGCAGCAUCGAGGACUGGCGAGUCGUUGACGUAUUCAUUUGGUGGAGCCGCUGCAACUUCAAGCAACGUCUUUCAAGUCGACUCAAGCCGCACUGGAGAAUUAUCGAUUUCUAUCUCGACAUCAAGCGGCAAGACUCUCAACUUGGAUCCUAUCAAUUUCAUUUGGCAGAACACGCCACUCACUGCUGCGCAAAGCACUUUCCAGAAUGGUCAGAAGGGAGGUAUCGUAGAACUGUUUGGCUGGCCGUGGGUGGAUGUCGGCAAAGAAUGUGCGUUUCUGGGUAAAGCUGGGUACAUGGGAGUCAAGAUCUGGCCACCGAAUGAGCAUGUCUGGGGUUCAAACUAUUACGAAACCGACAAACAAUUCCGUCCUUGGUAUCUCGUUUACCAGCCCGUCAGCUAUAGAUUGCACUCUCGGAGUGGUACAAGAUCUGAACUCCGCGCGAUGAUCCAGGCUUGUCGGUCUGCUGGUGUUCGAGUCUAUGCCGAUGCAGUUGUCAAUCACAUGGUUGGCCAAGGGACUGAUGUGCAGAACCAUCGCAACUCGGAUUGCUCUCUCUACAGCGGACACAACGCAACGGCUGGGUCGCCAUAUUACACAUCUGGCAAUACCUACCUCAUCAAUCCUCAAACUGGUACUCGACCAACUAUGGAGUUUCCUGCUGUGCCAUACGGUCCAAGUGACUUCCAUUGUGAGAGAAGUAUUAGCUCAUGGACAGACAUGAAUCAAGUCACCAAAGGAUAUCUCGUUGGCCUCACGGACCUGAACACUGAGAACCCAUACACGCAAGAUCGAAUCGCUACAUAUCUCGUGGAUCUCCUAUCCAUCGGAUUCAGCGGUGUUCGUUUCGACGCUGCGAAGCAUAUUGGACCCUCAUCCAUUGCAGCAAUCUUCGCUAUCGUCAAGAAGAAAAUGGGUGGCAGCAUGCCAGCUGAUUAUAUCUCAUGGCUUGAAAUCAUCCUCGGUGGCGAAGCUUCUGUUCUCGCUUGCGAUGGUGGUGCUGAUUCAUGGUACACGAACUUCAACAAUAUUCUUAGUGGCAAAGGGUUCACUCAAGCUGAGAUCAACCAAGUCAAGAUCUGGAGCUCGGAUUAUCCAAAGGAGAUGCCGAUCUGUGGGAGCUGGAUCAUUCCUGCAAGCAGAUUUGCGAUUCAAAAUGAUGAUCAUGACCAGCAAAGUCCGGGCUCUUCAUCCCGAGAUAUGCAAUCCUACGGCUCUGUCUUAAUCAAAGAUAAAGACGUCCCCAAACACCGCGGUUUUGAAGUCCAGCUAUUCUCUCGCACAGACGCCGAUUGGCAGAUCAAGCUCGUUCUUUCCUCCUACCAAUUCACUGAUGCUGGAGGAAAUGGUUUCCCUGAUGGUUUGAGUGACUGCAGCUUGUAUACUGGAAGCUCACCUGCAAGUAGUUGCCUGGGCAUUGCUAAGGAUCAAGCUUUCGUGGCAUCGAGCUGUGGGUACACGAUGAAGUCUGGUGGCUACACGCGAGUCCAUCGAGACUUGAGUAUCAUCAAUGCGAUGAGAGCUUGGGUUGGGCUGGGAUCGACGACUGCUUCUGCUCUAGGAAUAUCUGGCUGUUCUUAAUUUGGUCUCGGAUGCUUGCUUUCAUGGCAGAUAAGCGCAGUUUUGACGUGGACUCAAGCUUUAUUGAAAGAUCGAAAGAGUGACUCGUACGUGACUCUAGGAGACACAGGAGAUUACCGCGUGAAGGAAGGCGAAGGAGGGCGAAGGAUGCUGUCUGGCGAGAAAAAGUGUUUCUUGGACGGUGGAGAGAUGGACAAACAUACUGGGAUGCUGGACGAGGCAAAUGACGUUGAGAAACGAAGAUGUUGGAAUAUCCGAAGAACCCACUUUUGUUUUCCUUUAUCAUUUCUCUUCUUCCUUUGUAAAUCUUGGACCGGUUUGCAGCCGAAUCCAUCGGGGAAAUCGCGAAGAUGCAAUUGAAAUCAGGAAUCCUGGCUGGCCAACGAAAGGCAAAAUGACGGUGAGGGAUACUUAUUCGUAAAAUUCGCUUAGCACAAGUCUUUGUUUACAGUGCAGCUGAUGGCAAUUGGGACCAAAAUUGUGCUACCGAUGAGCAUCAUAGCCGUGUCACUCCUUCACGGAGAUGUCUUGGCAUUGAAUGUCCAAAUCAUACUGGCUGGAGAACUAUCUGCGGUCGACAGUGUCGCCAUUUUUAGACCUUAAAAGAUGGCCAGAUUCUUCGAAUCCACCAGAAACGUGGUCUAGAAUGGACCCUCAUCUGCAAUUCUUUUUCACUAAGACCUCUGUACAAGGACAAAACUCAACCUUGUUCUGCGGACUUCGGCUUGAUAUUAAACAAAGGAAACGCCCAUUAGCACAUCGUCGGCAGCGUACUAGACGUGCAUUCAUCGCUGGUUCUAACUUCUGCGGAAACAUGAGUGCUAAAUUUGAGAACAGCCUCUCAGAAGUCAUUUUCAUUAGAAAUCAACGAUCUUGUAAGACUUAGACACACUCGCUAGCCUAGUAACAUUAUCACAAGGCUUGUUCUCCACCAGCUCUUUCUCGACUUGAGCAUUUGGCGUUCGAGAGCCAAGUGUGAACUGCUUCUUGCCAAAUUGAGCCAGUAAUUCUGCUUUCCGCGCCUCCUGGCCCAUGACAUUAUCUUGAGAUAUCGUAUAAUUAUCGACCAGUAAGCCACCACCAGUUCGCUCUGUUAUUGGGACGUUCCGCAUCGUGCCGAGGUUGUUGUUUCGCUCAUUUUCUCCUGAUCCGGCUGACAAGGCCGCUCGAUUGUAUUUUGCACUCAACAGUAGGAUUUCAUCGAUUUGCUCCUUCUCGAGAUGUUUCAGGACCAUAAUAGUCACGUCAGCCUGCAGAUAAUCAGAUGGGAACGGUUGUGGGCUAAGUCGUGGCUCACUCUAAUUCUAUAUGUGUAGCCCAAGUCUGAAAUAGCACGGACGUUCGCUCUCUUCAUGGUAAAUCUAGUGUACCCCUGAUUUGGAUCGGCGUGAUCUUCGACAGCUUCUAUGAGCUGUGUAUAUAUCUUGCUUAGUAUAAUGCUGACUCAUAAUUGAGAAUUAUCAAGAGCAGAAAUAGAAAAUUUUGAGGUUUGCUUUCAAAAUGCGCUUGGGGUGGUGUCACGGAAUAAGAAGUUAAUGCUUACGUCGUCGUUGAAGCUCAAACUUUCAGAGUUUGGAUUUUCAGAUGGGCUACGUUUCCGUCGGACAAUGAUUUCUUGUGACGGCGAUCUUGACUUGUCUGCCUGCCUCGGUGCCCUUACUCCCACUAUGUCAUCACGCAAAGCUGUGUUAACAUCUUCGUAGGGUAGGCUUUGAUUUUUCAUGAUGAUCUGGCUCUCGACAUGACGGAGUUCUCGUAAAUUUCUGGUACGCUCCCAAAGUAAGUCCUGUUCGGGUUCCAGAGCCCAUCGCCUGACCAGCAGGUUCUCAGGAUCCUGAUCAAUGUAAGCUUUGUGCCACAUAGUGAAGACGUGAAACCCGUCUCAUACCACGUCGUACUCAAAGUCCAAAUUUCUUUGAACUAGUGUCUCAUUCGAGAGAUCCUUUCGCGACAUACGUGUAUAUGUUGGUCUUAAAUUCCCCUCGGAAGGUGGCGGAGGCGCCGGAGGGUUCCAAUUCAAGCGAGCGCAAGUGUUGGAUACAGACGCACCUCUUGCGUUGAAUCCAAGUCGUUGUUGUACCUGCUGGAUUGGCUGACUUGGUUGGGCUGACUGGUUAUUGGCAACCAAAACUUGGAUUGCUUGUUGUAUGUUUUGACGCAAAUUCGCUGAGACUUUGUCGAUUCCCGAGCGUGCAGAUUGGUACACUUGGAAUUCUGGAUUUCUUGUGCUCAUUCUAUGCCAAUAUGCUGAUAGAGUACUCUCCCACUUCCUUCCCUCGUCUUUGGUGAAUUUGUCGUGCAAGGGUCGCAGAUUUUCCGGCUUGAAAAGCAGCAUAUCCGGUCCAUGCUGGACUACUGGGGGCUUUCGCAAAAUAUACUUUUCUCUCUGAUACGAUCCAUUCUUUGCCCAAACGUUGCCAGUAUCCGAGGUUCCAGCGCUCGAUCCACGGGAGGAGAUGGUGUUUCCGGUUCCGCCAACAGCCAGUUUAUUUCUCCUCCUCUUUUCCAACCUCGCAGCUUCCUUCUCUUUCCAAGUGGCGAGUUGCGCAGCGAGAGCUUCCUUUCGCGCUUUUUCUACAUCAGGUCGUCUAUCUACCAUGAUUGGUUUGGUUCAUCGAUCACCCAGGAUGUGAGUGAUGUGGAUCAUCUGGUGCUGAGUGAGAUUGCUUUCGAACGAAGACGGUCCUGUCUGUGCAUCCGUUUGAUUUCUGGCUGAUCUCGAUUCUUUGGCAAGGAAAUUUACUGUAUAUCUGUAGCAGUCCCGAGUGCUGUGUCCUCUGAUCUGAGAAGCGCAUGGUGAAUGCAGAUAUACAGAACAUAAGCUUGAACGUCGAUUGAGGUGGUCUGACAGG